AGAUGUAGGGUGUCGGAUACCUCCUGCUGGCCUCACCGAUGAUGGGCUUACAAGUGUUUGUUUGAGAAACGAUGGGGUCGAUUCUGUUCUCCGAGGAGUCAAAGAUACUGAUGUGUUGUCAGAUAAGCCUUUUAAAGACCGCGCGGUUACCUCUCUAGGCUGACGGACACUUUUAAGGAUAGCUUACUUUGAAAGUCUCGUAGUUUCAGGUGGCUGUAUGUGCACUUUUACUUGUUUUUUCCAUUAGCCUAACUGAGGACACUCCUCUCCUCCAACAUAAGCCAGGCGGACCAAGCCUGCUUUGGUCAAAAAACGGUGUCGCUCGCUUCUUUUCAACUUCUUCUCGGUCCAGAGAGAGAAACCUAGGCACAGAAGAGAUUGACCAGAGGAGUUCUGGAAGUCCACUGGGGUGUUCCAUCAUGGGUAAACAGAACAGCAAACUGCGUCCUGAAGUCCUGAAUGACCUGCGGGAAAACACAGAGUUCACAGACCACGAGCUGCAGGAGUGGUACCGGGGCUUCCUCAAAGAUUGCCCUACUGGCCACUUAACUGUGGAGGAGUUCAAGAAAAUCUAUGCCAACUUCUUUCCUUAUGGGGAUGCCUCAAAAUUUGCAGAGCAUGUUUUUCGUACAUUUGACACCAACGGUGAUGCCACCAUCGACUUCCGAGAGUUCAUCAUUGCACUGAGUGUGACUUCACGUGGAGGCUUGGAGCAGAAGCUCCGCUGGGCCUUCAGUAUGUACGACCUGGAUGGAAAUGGAUACAUCAGCCGCGCUGAGAUGCUGGAGAUAGUACAGGCUAUUUACAAGAUGGUGUCAUCAGUGAUGAAGAUGCCAGAGGAUGAGUCAACCCCUGAGAAACGCACUGACAAGAUUUUCAGGCAAAUGGACACAGACAACGAUGGGAGACUUUCCCUGGAGGAGUUCAUCAAAGGUGCCAAGAGCGAUCCCUCUAUCGUCAGGCUGCUGCAGUCCGACCAGAGUUCCUCUCGCCAGUUCUGAAAGUAGCCAAGCAGCAGCGCUCAAAGGAAACCCUGCCACAAGCCCUCAGGAAGAUCAGCUUAUUGCUCUCCAAGACAUGGGCUGCAUUUGAGUAACAGAUCUACACCGAUCACAGUAGAGUAUGCAAUGUAAAUCACAAAGUCUGAAGAAAAUCUAUUACUCAGAUGCGCUCAACUGUCAUUUAUGGUUCUCACCCACUCAUAGUACAUUCUUGAGGUUGUGGUGAAAGUGGAUACUGUUCCCUGAUCUGUGUCCCUUGAUUUUCAGAAGGCAAACAGUGUAAGAGCUGUAGUUUUGCAUAUCACAAAACUAAGAUUUUAACUGGUUCAGUUUAUAAUCCCUCAGUGAAGUGUCCCUGAUCAGUCAGAGCCCUGAGAAGCAAUUUUUCUACAUCUUGAAAUAAAAUAUUUGGUCAUUUUUGAAGUGUUAAAAGGUCCCAUUCUGGAUACGUCACAUGUGCAAGUUGUUCCAUUUAAACUUAAUAUGCAAACAUGCAUGGAUAAGCAGCACUUAGUAAAGUACCACUUGCAUGACAGAGUUAAAAAAUCCUGAAGACAUACAGGUGCAUGAUCAAUGGGGUUCUGGAAUUAAUCUACAUUCAUUUAUGGACACGGUACAGUAAAUCUUUCAGCGUUUAGUCUUGUAAAAACAUCUUGUCUCUGGACAAUUAAUGCUUUUUUGCAGCUUACGUAUUUUCAUAGUUUAGACAUCUGCCAAUACAUUAUGCUUUGUCAUGGGUGAACUGCCAAAACUAGCAUUUGUGUUGUGAUUCUGUAAUAUUUGAGGUCAGCAAGAGGUGUAGUGAUAAAGUUACAGUGCUGUGUCUGUGUAGCUACCAUUGGAAUAUCCAGCUGUGCUGUUGUCAGAGAAGUACAGGACUGCAGCUUUCCCACUGAAUGUUGCAUAUUCAUUUGUAUGAAUUGAAUAUUAAGCCAUUAUUUAAAAUAGUUUAGAGCACAAACAUUCACAAAGGUGAAAGUUGUUUGAAGUAUGUCAUGUCGUGUUUACAUCUGUAAUAAAAUUCAGUCAGUUAA